CUUGUGUAAAAACGGACGUUUUAUACCGAAAAUGUUGGACGUGUAGCUUUUUUUCAUUCUUUUUUUUGUGUCUUCUCUCGAUUAUAACACUGUGUUCACACACAUAUAGUCACCCAACAUCAUGUGUGACCAUAUAUCCAUAUGCAUUACGUGAUGAUGAUCAUUUUCGUUUACACAUUAAAUAGAUUUUUUUUUCAUAAGAAAAAUAUCGCGGGGGAAAAUGAUUUUUCCAAAGUGAAGAGGAACUGAAAAAAAAACACGGCGACAAGCAAAAAAAAAUAUUAUUUUAUUAGUGAUCGUGUGACAACCGUACCUCUUGUUUAUUAAAUUAAAAAGAAACCAAAACGAAAUUGUGAUAAACUAUCGACAGUCUAUACGGUCUAACGUUGAAAUACCAAACGUUUUUUUUUUCUAUUAUUUCUUCUUUCGUGUCGGGUAAAAUAGACAAACAAUUUUCUGCGGGACAGUUGAUACUUAAGUGAUCGGGAGAGUGGAGAAUAUAAGUGAUCAUGAAAAAUGAACUUGUGCGUGUCAAGCAAAAGUUAAUUAGUCAAGAUUGUUGAUGAAAUAUCUUGAAAAAGAGUGAUGCUGCUUUUACGUAUAUAUUUACGUGUAUGACGUCAGUGUUCCAUUACCUUAAACGAAAAGGAUACAAACAACACACAUAUCAUAUCUAUGACAUCAUCGAUGUUGUUCCAAUAUGCAUUGUAAUAACGGAACAUUUACAUGAGAGUGUUGGAAUUAAUUUUAAUUGGUGAGACACCAGUAGGAAGAAAAAAGAACCAAAAAAUUCGGAAAAACAAUUGUUUUUUUGUGAGACAUGUUAUGCCACCCAUUCAAUUGUGUUCAGCUGGAAUGUUGAUUCCAUGAUCAUCAAAUUAGAACGAAAAUUCACCUGUGUGCGAACAGUCAUGACCACGUUUUCCAGUUUUCUCGGAUAAUUAGCCGUUAAAUUAUUGCUGCCAUCCCGACAGUCAUUUAUGGAAAUUAGAAUUUGUUCGACGUCGGCCAACAACACGAACAACGCGCACCAAUUUUGUUGGCGAAUACAACAACUCCGAAAACAUUAACAACAGCCGCACUAUCGAUGCCAUCGAUCCCAGUGACGCCAGUAAACCAUCAUCAUCAACAGCAACCACAGCAGCAGCAACAACAACAAUGGCCAAAAAAUCGAUGCGAACGAAAGAAAAAGAGAAAAAAGUGAAACGUGCACCAACAAAAGAACGUUGGCUGUUGACACGCAAAACAUGGAAGUAUAUGGCCGAUGCUGGACGCAAAUUGAUUCCGGAUGGAGUGUCGAAUCGACCGGAAGAUAUACCAAAGAUUGAAGAAUAUUUUCAAAAUGUUUGUCGUAAUGAACCGAAAUUCUUGCAUUGGAGGCGAAAACAGUCAUAUCCCGGUGCAUUGACCAGUCUACGGCGGAAGCGACGGCCGAAGGUGUUGGGCAGUCCGCCGAAAGCUAGUUCGGCCGAUGAGGCUGAGGACGAACGAGAUGAAAAUCACCAUUUGCUGGUGAUGAUCCGAAUGCUUGAGAAAUAUUUAAAUAUAAAAGAAGAUGUCGACGACGUAGACAGCCAAACAAAUAGUCAUUCCCCACCGUCUUCGAUGGAACUUCAAAAAAGCUCUUCUUCAUUCGCAAUGGCAGGAAUGAAAUCGAGUGGUACGGAUCACCCAUCACGUUCGGAUGCAUCGGGUACAGUUAGCGAAAGAAAAGACCAACCGUUGUCCACCGCCAACAAGCAGACAAAUUUCGAAGCAACCAAACAGCUUUCGGGUUCAAACUACAGCUUAGCUCGGUCUAACGAACUGCUCAAGCAGACGUGGCUAGCACAGCCAAUAGACAUCUAUGAUCGCAGCACCGACAGUUCGAGGAAAACGUUUUCACCGUCACAGCAAUUUUCUGACAACAGGACAUCAGAUCCAUCAACAUCCGCACCACCCGAACAUUCUACUCGCGAACCAAAUCUGCAUCGAUCUAUGGCAAGCAUGCACACCUCGUUGCUGUUGGACGUUCUGAAAAAUUACAGUCGAACGAGCAAAAAUCCUCUGCUGUCUUACGAUCGCAUCAAUACGGAUGUGCUAAAAGACAAACGCCUGUUGCGCCAAAUACGCGAUGAAUUGAAACAGCAACAAUUGGAUCGCAUUUUAAAGAGACACACAUCUCGAUCGACUUUCAAUCUUUCCAACGAAUCAACAACCAGCACCAUCCCGUCGUCAACGUCCCUGACAUCAUCAACGAAUAAGCUGUUUCAUUUUUGGUGUCGGGAACCGAGAGACGACAGACAGCCACACACAUCAUUUCCAAACGUUGAACUGACCACCUUUCAACCGUCACGUAUCAACGACACUGCAACAAACAGUAGCAAAAAAGAUGAUCGCUCGGCCGUGCCACUUAUAUCGGUGAAAAGUCCGUCGCAUGAAAGGUAUUUCUAUUCAUCAGGCAUUCAAACUGACCCAAUUCCAAUAACAUACGUGCAUCAGUUGUACAACGAAUACGAAAAGAAAAAGCUGGAAGAGAAACGAGAGAAAGAGGAAAAUGAACAGGGUGGUAAACAUUCCAGAAGAAAAAGCAGUAUUGAUAACGAAGAUGUUUCCCAAUCAGUUAGCGACACAAUAAAACGGUAUCUCCGCAUGGCGCGUAAGAAACCAAAAGACAGCGAUGCCAAUCGCUUCAAACGGGUGAAUUACGACCAGAAUUUGCGCAAUAUCAAAGCCAAAGGUGAAAUAACACUACCGGGAGAUGAUGACGGCAACAUGAAAGGUUGCCAAACAGACGACGAUUGGGUGGAUCAUGUGAUGCAACACAUAAAGAAAAUGGAAAGGGAAAAUUUCUCACCGGACAGCACCGAUGAUGAUCAGCUAAUGCGAAAGCAGCGAACCCAUUUCGACUAUACGCAGCAGGCAACAAGCGCUGCAGCUCUCAAAUCCAAAUCAUCGUCAACGUCUCCGAAUCAUUCCUCUCCAUCGUCUCCGUCUCCAACCGGACUGUUUCAUUCAAGCACACAGUUUUUGUCGAAUUUACUGUGGCAUAGCCAUGGGAACAGUAGCGAUAAACCGCAGCAGCAGCAACAACAACAACAACAACACCCACAACAGCAAAUGUUAAGCGAUGAUAAUAAUUUUCCUAACACAUCAACAGCACAACCGCACACGAUUGCGACGACGAAGACGACGAUGCAAAAAUCCAAAUCAUCAUCCAAUGUUGGUCAGGUGUUCUCGAAGAAAAUAUGGAAGUCCAGAUCGAAGAGUCAGACGCGUACAGCCUCACCAAGUGAGUCAGACGGUAGCGGCGCAAAUAUUAAGCCGAACUGGAUGCCACAGGGCAACUGCAUUUGGACAUCGUCAAGCGGUAAGCGUGUUCGAUUGAACAGCACCAAGCUACUCGAUCUCAGCGAUGUCGAACGCAAAAGCUUACAUCGAGUUGCAAUUCAAAAAUUAUCCGAAAUCUUAAAAUCAUGCAAAGUUCCUGUUAGUGUUCCGAUCGAUUUGUCGGAGACGGCAAAUAAAGUCAACAGUAAGCCACAGAAACGAAGGGCACCGCUGCUGAUGAAGCGGAAAGCGUUGACCACCAGUUUUUUCGAUUCAUCCAAAUCCAAAGACUCCAGUAGGGCGCGUCAGAGUGGCCUAGUUUUUGGACUGACGCUAGAGAAAUGUAUUGACAAUGAUCAAACGUGUAAUAAGUCUCCAUCCACGGAUGCGUCACAAACGCAAGGACGAGUUUCAAGAAAUUCCAUUAGUUCACUAGGUGAUAGUAACAUCCGAAGUAUACAAUUUGGAUCGUGUGAAAGCCUACCCGCGAAAGGACUACAAUUUAUUGGUCAAGCGUAUCAAGACAUUAUUGGCACAUCGAGCAAUGUCCCAUCAUCGUCUAGUCAAUCAGACAUCCGUACUGAUAGCGAGAAAGCCGAUGAUUCAUCUUGCACAUUCCCAGCGGUACAUCCAACGUUACAGAACGUACCUGGUUUCUUUAAUGCUUGCAUCAGUUUUCUGAUGCAGCAUGGGAUGGAUGUUGUUGGUAUAUUUCGUGUUAGUGGAUCGGUGAAGAGAGUGAUACAGUUACGUGAAGAUUUUGAUAGUGGCAAUAUACACGAAAUUCAUCCAGACGCAAGUCCGCAUGACGUUGCCGCAUUGUUAAAAGAAUUUUUACGAGAACUUCCUGAACCACUACUAUGUCGCAGCCUCUACCAAGGUUUUGUCGGCACACAAAGAGUUCGCAACCGGCGACUUCAAUUAGAGGCUCUGUCACAUCUCAUUCAAUUGCUACCGGUUGCUCAUCGUGACACUCUGUACGUGUUACUGCAUUUCCUCUCCCACGUCAUAAAAUUUUCCCAAGAUACCACAUCCAACAGCAACGGUAACGUUAUAGCCACCGGCAAUAAAAUGGACGCAAUGAAUCUGGCCACGAUAAUGGCCCCAAACAUUUUGCCCACUGAAACGGAUCCAACGCUAGAAGAACUGGACGAACGGCUGGAUGUCAUCAAUGUUAUCAGAACAUUGAUCGAUCAUUACGAAGAAAUGUUCACGGUGCAGGCCGAGCUAAUGGACGAUGUUUAUACGACAAUGAUGGAUUCGUUCCCGCAGCAAUUAGAUUUUCUGCUUGAACGACCCGACAUGUUUUCUCGUUACGAAGAGGACUACGGAAACUCACAGCCAAACAGUCCACCACCGUAUCAGGUAGCAACAGCGGACAAUACCGAAUAUCGGCUGGUAAAUGAUGGAUCGGAUAGUAAUGUUCCACGACGCGUGUACGUCCGCCAAGAAUUUACUCACGAAAAUGCGGCCAAAGGUGACACAAAUGGGGGAGUCCGAAGAAGAGAACGAACCUCAAAGAUGAAAUAUCAAGAACCAGAAAAUGAGAUAUCUCGGCGGCGUAGACGUGACAAGCCAAGCAGUCAAACGUCAGCACCGCUUUCUCUGUUACAGAACCAACAGCCAACGACUGCAGUUGUCGCUACGAUAACAACCAAACCGGGUACACAGACAAUCAGUUCGUUGAUUGGUUCCGGUAAGGGGCGCAGUUCAGUUGGUGAAGCCAAUAUGAAUCCACCGGAUUCGCCGACGCGUCGACUAUCGUCUCCAUUUGUAACGCACGGUGCUGGUGUUCUAACGGCAACAUUUCAACUACCGGUUCAGGUACAAAUGCAGGAUGUAAAGUCAACAUUAAGCUUAGCCACAGAUUUGGCGGAUAUACCGUACAUUGAAGAUGGUGUUUACGGUGGUGAUAUGGCCUCCGAAAUGACAGGACGUCUGACCAAACGUGGAAGCGUGGGAUUAGUACCGCAACGAAGUCGCAGCCAACGACAAUACAACGAACAAAUGGUGACAGGUUCCUUAUCACUCGGCGGCGGUUCCGUUUAUUCAUCCUCAUCGACUCAACCGCAAGACGAUCCCAAACAAUCUGGCAAGUAUUCAGAUCGCGACGACCGACCGACUAAAUCCAUCGAGAAGAGUAGUUCCCUGUUCACAAUGCCUACGAGAAAAGAUAGUCGAAAGUCAUCCACCGAUGGCACAACAAUGCCUAUGACCAUGCCGUUGGCAUCGUCGCAUCACAAUGAGCCCCAGUUGACGCCCAGCAUAUCGAAUAUCGGCGGAGCAGUGCUACGAUCGAAAACAGCCGACUUUGAGCGCUUGCUGAUGCAGAAUAAAAAGUCGGGCAGCGGAUCAGGCGAAAGUGGUGUACCGAUGUCAGCUACAGAAGCAGCCCACACAAUCACAGACCCGAAUGCUGGCGGACAGAUCAAAAAGCAGCCGAUUUACAAGCGAAAAGAGUUAAUUUCGAGUGUUCAAAGUUCCAAAAAGUGACGGAAUUCGUUUUGUUGACAAAUUAUUGUUUAAAUUGUAAAGUUGUUCAGCUUUAAAUUAACGCGAAUCUUCCGGAUGUUAGAGAGAAGAAGGGAAAAAGGACUUUCGGAAUGAAAACGGCCACAUUAUCGCACAUCACGCAAAUAAAUUUGUAUAUUGAUCACGUU